UUUAUUUACAAACACUCCGACACACACAGGAGAACACCACCGGUGCGGUGACCACACCACCUCCUCUUCACCCCCACUUCGCUCCCCGGGAGGCCAAGCCCAGAAACGCAAACCCACCAGCCACCGCCACACUACGCCGUGGCCAUGGCGCAAGGAAGGGACCCGGAGCUGUUCGCGGAGCUGUGGCGCGCCUGCGCGGGGCCGCUCGUGGAGCUGCCCCAGACGGACGAGAGGGUGUUCUACUUCCUCCAGGGUCACCUGGAGCAGUUGCAAGAGCCGACGGACCCGGCCCUGCUGGCCGAGCAAAUCAAGAUGUUCCAGGUGCCCAACAAGAUCCUCUGCAAGGUCGUCAACGUCGAGCUCAAGGCCGAGACGGAAACAGACGAGAUGUUCGCGCAGAUCACCCUGCAGCCCGACCCGGAUCAAGUGAAUCUGCCCACAUUAUCUGACCCAUCUCCGCCGGAGUUGCCGAGGCCUGUGGUGCAUUCCUUCUGCAAGAUCCUCACACCAUCCGACACCAGUACCCAUGGCGGGUUCUCUGUUCUCCGACGGCAUGCCAACGAAUGCCUUCCACCACUGGAUAUGUCGAUGCCAACUCCAACUCAAGAGCUCGUCACAAAGGAUCUCCAUGGAUCAGAAUGGAGGUUCAAGCACAUUUACAGGGGCCAACCCCGUAGGCACCUUCUGACUACCGGAUGGAGUACGUUUGUCACAUCAAAGAAGCUGAUUGCUGGUGAUGCAUUUGUCUACCUGAGGAGUGAGACAGGAGAGCAGCGUGUUGGAGUGAGACGCCUUGUGCAGAAACAAAGAACAAUGCCAGCAUCUGUUAUAUCAAGCCAAAGCAUGCAUCUUGGGGUGCUUGCAAGUGCAUCCCAUGCCAUUAAGACUAAUUCCAUUUUCCUAGUGUAUUAUAGACCAAGGUUAAGCCAAAGCCAAUACAUUGUCAGUCUGAACAAGUACCUUGAAGCUAGUAAAAUUGGGUUCACUGUGGGCUUGAGGUUUAAGAUGAGUUUUGAAGGAGAAGAUGUUCCUGUGAAGAAGUUUUCUGGAACUAUAGUUGAUGAAGGAGAUCUUGCUCCUCAAUGGCAAUGUUCUGAAUGGAAGACAUUGAAGGUCCAAUGGGAUGAAGCCACAAAUUUUAAUGGCCCCGAGAGGGUUUCCUCUUGGGAAAUCGAACCAUUUGAUGCCUCUGCACCUAGUAUCAACAUACCAGUGCAACCAUCAACGAAAAACAAACGGCCUAGGGAGACAGCUGAAAGCCUGGAUAUUCAAGCACUGGAACCUGCCCAAGAAUUUUGGCUCUCUGGAAUGCCUCAGCAGCAUGAGAAGACAGGCAUUGAACCCAAUUGUAUGUCUGGACAUCAAGUUGUUUGGACAAGCGAACGCCCAGGAUACGGUGCCAUGAGUAUUAAUUCUGUUUCUCAGAAUACGGUAGUACUUGAGAGUUGGUUGAAGGACUUCAACUCCUCAAGCAAUGGAGUUGCUCCUUGGACUGGGCUUUCUGGUUACCAUGCAGAAGAACACUCUUCCAAGUUGUUUUGUAACACUGCUCUCUGCAGUUACCAGACGGAGGAGGUUGCUCCAAAUUUUCCCACUGUUGCUGAAGAAAAGAAGGAACCCAGCAUGUUCCGCCUGUUUGGUGUUAAUUUGAUUAACCAUGCCAAGAGUACGGCUACUACUGAGAAGAUGACUGUGGGAGUAGGGGAAACAUCAACCCGAGCUGCUGAUUCUUUUGAAUACUCUGGUCAGUUAUCAGCACUCUCAAAAGUAACAAAAGACCUUACACAAUUCGUGAAUGAAAGCCCCCGAGAAAUCCAAAGCCAUCAGAGUAGCACUGCAAGAACUCGAAUUAAGGUUCAAAUGCAUGGAAAUGCUGUGGGCAGAGUUGUAGAUUUAGCGAAUCUGGAUGGAUAUCAACAGUUGAUCAAUGAGCUUGAAGAGAUGUUUGAGAUAAAAGACCUCAGCUUGAAAGAAAAAUGGAAGGUGUCUUUCACUGAUGAUGAAGGUGACACAACGGAAGUCAGAGAUGAUCCCUGGCUGGAAUUUUGCCAGAUGGUCAAGAAGAUUGUGAUCUACCCCAUUGAAGAUGGGAGGAAUCUCGAGCCUUGCCUGGAGCAGGAUCUCAAGACUAAAUUUUAGAAGGGAGGGCAUGCCUGAAAGGUGGAUUUUUUGGAGCUUUUCAGUGCUGAAGCGUCGGUGGCUAUCGUUUUACUGGAGGGUGAUGGUUGUACCUGAUACAUGAUGGCUAGCUUGUUGUGAUGAAGCAACAGAUUGGUUGUGGGCGUCAGUUAUGAUAAUCUUCACAAGGAUUUUGAAGAAGAAUUGACGCGUAACAUAGGUUUCAAAAAGGAAAAAGGUUUGAUAAUGUGGCUCUAGUUUGAUGUAAAGAAAAUGACAAUGUCCGUUUAGUAGUUUGCUUAUGUUUGGCGAAAGCCUUACUGGGAGAAGGAAUAAUUAAUGAAGAUGUAUAAGACCUGUGGGUAUGUAAGUUUUGUAAAUAUAUAUUUCGAGUUGAGUUCA